AUGGCUGAGAGGAAAGCCCAUCGUUGGAUCGAGCGGCGCGUCAAGUGCGCAGUAUUCCUGCUCGCUGUCGUGCAGGCCUCUUUUGGAGACAUUCGAUACUCUGUUCCAGAGGAGACAAAGAAUAAAUAUGUCAUCGGUAGCCUGACUAAGGACUUCAAUCUGGAUUUCAAACUCCUGGCAGCUCGGAAACCCCGCGUGGAUUACCAGGGUGAGAGGCGAUAUUGUGGAAUAGACCUGACCACCGGAGAUCUCAUUGUUCUCGAAAGAAUCGACAGGGAGAAGCUAUGUGGGCAAACAAAAACGAACAAACCUUGCAUUCUGAAUUUUGAGUUCAUUCUGGAGAAUCCACUGGAGCUGCAUAACAUUGUCGUAGAGGUAACUGACAUUAACGACAACCCUCCUGUUUUUUCCAAAGAUGUGAUUAAAUUGGAAAUUGGUGAGGCUGCACCAAUCGGGAGUCGCUUUCAAAUACCUACCGCUCGCGACCUGGACGUCGGAAUAAAUUCGGUUCAAAAUUACAUUCUGGGAAGGAGUGAGCACUUUGUGCUGGAUGUCCAAAGCAAUACACAGCGGGGGAAAUAUGCAGAACUUGUUUUGAAACAUACCCUUGAUCGAGAAAAGGAAGGGGAACAUACGCUAUUAGUGACUGCGGUUGAUGGAGGCAACCCUUCCAGAUCUGGCACAGCCACCGUUCACAUUCUCGUCAUGGAUUUCAAUGAUAACGCUCCUGUAUUUCAACAAACUGUUUACAAAGUUAACUUGCUUGAAAAUGCACCGGCGGGGACGUUUAUUGUAAAGGUUAGUGCCACUGAUAAAGACGAGGGUGCAAAUGGGGCUGUAAGUUACGAUUUUAACCACGUUUCUGAAAAUUCGAAGCGGUUAUUCCACAUUGACGAAAAAAGCGGUGAGUUGAAAGUCAUAGACAAAAUUGAUUAUGAAGAGGCUUCAUCUUAUGAAAUCGAAAUACAAGCUGAGGAUGGAGGAGGCCAAACUGGCCAUUGUAAGGUUUUAAUUCAAAUCACAGAUGUAAACGAUAACGCACCAGUAAUAACGGUCAAAUCAGCAUUAAACCCGAUUCCUGAGAAUGCCCCAACGGGUACGGAAAUAGCUGUGAUAAAUGUGAAAGACUUGGAUGACGGAGACAACAGUAGAGUCCAUUGUUUCCUGUCUGAAAAUAUGCAUUUUACGUUACAGUCAUCGAUCAAAAACUACUUCACUUUAGUAACCAAAGCGGUUCUUGAUCGUGAGGAAGUUUCUGAGUUCAAUAUCACCAUAACCGCCACUGAUGGAGGUUCUCCUCCGCUUUCUACAGACGCUGUUUUAAAUUUCAAAAUAUCGGAUAUUAAUGACAACCCUCCUGCGUUUGAUGAGCAGUCGUACAGUGCCUAUGUGGUUGAAAAUAACAAACCCGGUACCUCUGUCAUUGCUAUAAGGGCAAGAGAUCCAGACUGGAGACAAAAUGGCACUGUGUCUUACGCUCUAUUAUCUGGUGAGGUCAGUGGUGUUCCUGUGUCCUCGUUUGUAUCCAUUAAUGGAGACACCGGAGUGAUCCACGCUGUCAGAUCAUUUGAUUAUGAGCAGUUCAGAAGCUUCAAAGUGCAGGUCGUUGCCAGAGACAACGGUUCCCCUCCACUCAGUAGUAACGUGACAGUGAGUGUGUUCAUAACAGAUCAGAAUGAUAACUCUCCACAGAUAUUAUACCCUGCUCCUCUGGGGAAGUCCAUCAUGACCGAGAUGGUCCCCAAAGCUGCUUACGCCGGAUCACUGGUUUCCAAGGUGAUUGCUGUGGAUGCAGACUCUGGACAGAACGCAUGGCUGUCCUAUCAGAUCAUGAAAUCUUCUGAUCCGGGUCUUUUCACUAUUGGUCUCCACAGUGGAGAGAUCAGGGCGCUGCGGGACAUUUCUGAAUCUGAUACCAUGAAACAGAACCUUGUUAUUUCAGUGAAAGAUAACGGACAACCCUCUCUCUCUACAACAUGCUCAGUGUAUUUGCUAAUUUCUGACAACUUAGCCGAAAUUCCACAGUUGAAAGAUAAGUCUUAUGACGAGAGCAAUUCCAAACUAACUUCAUAUUUGAUAAUCGCUCUGGUGUCCGUUUCAACAUUCUUUCUGACGUUCAUUAUUCUGAUCGUGGCCGUGAGGUUUUGCCGUAGAAGAAAGCCCCAACUGUUGUUUGACGGCGCGGUAGCUGUUCCAGGCGCAUAUUUCCCUCCCAACUACGCGGAUGUUGAUGGAGCAGGAACCCUACGCAGUUCUUACAAUUAUGACACGUAUUUGACGACUGGCUCACGCACCAGUGACUUCAAGUUCGCGAGAUCUUAUAAUGACGUCACUCUUCCCGCUGAAAAUACACUGAAGAGGAGUCCAAAUGGAAACAGUGAAGACAUGGACAUCACCGGAAAUGGAUCCAAAUAUGGAUAA